UUGAAUCGAAGUUGGCUGCUUACGUCAAAAAUCAAAUCGUCUAUUAACGGUUGAAACGCUUAUCUUAAUAUUUAAACAAAUUAGUGGGUAGUAAAACUUGUAUAUAUUUGAAAUUUUGAGUGCAAUGGAACCAAUGGCCUUAGGAAGUCCACCAGGUAGUCCAGCUUCUCCAACAGCAAACCCAAACUUUUUGCCCGCCUUUUUAAUAGGAGACACUCAACCGAAUACCCCAACUAGUCCUUCGUUAUCACCUGGGAGAAGCAAAAAUAUAUCGGUACCCAGAAAUACUCCUGGUGCUACAACUGGAAAUUUAAGACAAAAGUUAUUUAAUCAAAGUCUAGCGGAUUCGCCAUUUGGACCAACUGUUAGGUCUGAUAAAGCUGGUCCACCAAAGCAAGGUCUAUUCGACAGUUUAGGAUCAAAUGUGAAGUCUGGGUCAGUGUUAAGUAGCACUAUGCAAUCUUUUACCGAUUCUCCUUCUCUUACACCAAAUGAAAGUUUUUCUAGAAUUGUUAACGACGGAGUAGAUUAUAAUCGUACAAUAAACAACUUAAAUGAAAGCUUAAACAGGUCCCAUAAACCGGUAUUGCUAAAUACAAAAUGUGACAAUUUGUGGGUAACAAUUUUUGGGUUUCCACCAAGUGCUGCAAGUGUAAUUUUGACUCAUUUUUCUCAAUGUGGAACAAUAAUUGAUAAGAAGUUUCCAGCCCAAGGGAAUUGGGUUCAUGUUAAAUAUAAUUCAGUGCAAGAAGUUGCAAAAGCACUGGCAUACAAUGGUAAAUUAAUUACAAGUACGAUUAUGAUUGGUGUUUUGCCAUAUCAUAACAAACAAGACAAUAAAGAGAACUACAAUACAGUUAUCACUUCUCCAAUCAGGGCAAGAUCUUUAAGACAGUCAUAUGUAACUCCUCAAAGCCCUAAUUCAGUUAUUCCACCACAAAACAUGCCUCAAAAGUCAACUGGUUUUGUCACUAAAGCAAUGGAAUAUGUUUUUGGGUGGUAAUCGUUUGGUUUCAUUCUUUCAUCGAAAAUGAUAUUUAAAAAAAAUAGGUAUAAUUUAUAAACUGUUAAUGUUAAUUUAAUUAUUGGUUAAUUUUUAAUGCAGUAAUUUUUAAUAGUUCAUAAUAUUGUGCAAGUAUGCUUCUACUGUUUAUAU